UGUCGGGCGUUUCUCGUUUUCGCAGUGCGUUACCAUUUUUUUAUCAACACCUACCUAAGCUUACGGUUUGCCGGUCGAGUGUGGUAUAAUAUUAUUAUUAACACCAUCGAUUACCAUAAUAGUAAUAAUAAUUAUUACUACGAUAAACAGACGCGGAAAAAAGAAAAUCAGCCGAAAAUAAUAUUUCGUGCCGCCCGAACGUCAUGCCACACGUCGGGUGGUGUUCCAUAAGGAUAUGCUAUAAUAUCAAAUCGAGUUCAGCAAACGCCGAGGAAUGAUAUGAUAAUUACCGUUGUAAUAAUAAUAAUUGUCGUGUUAUUAUCAAUCGUUCUGCGCAUCGCGGUAAUGUGUGAAAUAUUAUAUUAUUACGCUUCGUACUCUACACCGCACACGUCGCGCAAAUGUGUCGUACCGCGUAAAAUCCGACCGAGCAGUGCCUACCUACACCGAUCCGGCCCGCAAUAAUGUGCCGAAACAGUAAAAAUAAUUACAAUAAUAAUGGAAUAAUAAUAAUGGUACAUCGUUCGAACGUGUUUUCGCCCAUUGUAUCGCGUUCCGUCGGGUUUUAAGUGACGAAUGAUACUGCUGCAGCACUAUAACAAUAAUAUACAGACCGCCGAACCGUUUACAAUAUACCUCUAUAUAAGUAAUUGUUGCCGUUGAACCACGCUGACGGGCGGCGGCGUGAGCAAAACGAUUGUUAUUAAAAUAAUAAUAAUAAUAUUUUUUUUCGAAAAACAACAAUAACGACGACGACGACGACGACGAAACCGAUCGCGCACAGCAGUCCGGGCUAGAGCCGUCGCUUUUCGCGAGCGCAGACACACACACAUUCUAUAGAUGGUGUAUUAUCGGAUCCGAUUUUCGAAAACACUUGUUGCUAUCGCCUCGUCAAAUGCGCCGAACGAUGCUGCUCAUCAUCACCACGACAAUCCUCGCGCUCGUGGUCCAACAGAACAACGCAUGUUUCGUGAAGAGUGCUUUGCGUUUUGUCCAAAAAGCAGUCGUCAGAUGGGAUGGGUUUGAUGCAAAAUACUUACAAACGUUGUCCGUCAACGAUAAAAACGUGGACAUCAAAUACUGGAAUUCGAAACUCGGCAACCAUAAAUCUAUAAAAAUAAGGUUCGAUCACGAGUACGAAUUGUCAGAACAUUGGAUUCCGGAUAUGCCUUUAAAAGUGAUCAUACACGGAUGGCUCGACUCCAUCAUACACGAGGAUGGCGUGUCUUGUAUAAAAACAGCUUACUUAAACGUCGGCGGAUAUAACGUGAUAACCGUGGACUGGGGCGGCAUAGCGGGAUUCCGGAAUUACAUGUUGCCGAUGUUGAUGACGUCAAAAAUAGGCGCCAGACUGGCCAAGGUGUUGGACAAUAUCGUGGACCUCGGAGUCGUCGAAUCGGCGGACAUACACCUGAUCGGGCACAGUCUAGGGGCCCACAUCGCCGGCGUGUGUGGGUCCCUGAUGAAGUCGGGGUUGAUCGGCCGGAUAACGGGUCUUGAUCCGGCAGGACCGGGCUUUGAGUUUGCAAAGCUGCAGAAAAAAGGGCUGAAGAAAUCGGACGCUCUGUUCGUGGACGUUAUCCACACGUCGGGUGGUUCCACCGGCAUUUAUCACUCGGCGGGGCACGCGGACUUUUUCCCGAACGGCGGCAGCGUGCCUCAACCGGGCUGCUACGACGGUAUGAAGCUCGAAAGGAUAAUCGGACUAGUUGGAUGUAGCCACUCGAGGGCGUACAUGCUGUACGCCGAUUCGGUGUACUACCCUGGUACGAUGAUGGGGUACAAGUGCCUGUCCUGGAAUGAUUACGUGAACGACGACUGCGACAGUGACGACAAAACGCCGAUGGGACACAGCGCUUCGCACACGGCGAGAGGUGAUUUCUAUUUCAGGACCACAAGCACUUCUCCUUACAAUGAUCCGGAUGCACCGAAGGAAGACCUCUGAAGUUAUAUCCUCUUUAUAUUUCUAACGAGGCGAAGUCGUCACCGUGUACAGGACAUGAAGGAAUUCCAUUUGUUGACAUUUAAGUUAAGAUUAACAGCAAUCUCAGCAAUAUUAAUUUGUAAUUAACACCAAGAAUAAACUAUUAAUAUUUUUAUGUUGAUUUUCAACGGACCUAAUAUUUUAGUCGUGUGAUAAAUCGAUUUGACUUAUUCUUAAUAUUGUGUUAUUAUUAUUCAUUAUUUUUAAUGUAAUUUAUAAUGUUUAUUGUUUAAAUUAAAUUAUUUAAAUUUCUGUUAUUUUUGUUAAAAAUAUUUUGUGAAUUUACACAAGUUGUUAAUAAAUGCGUGUAUAAAGAAACUUAGUUCGGAUUUUAAUACAUUCAGGAGACUUAGCACAGUCUCAUUUUACGUUCUAGUGCAGUACGUGACCAGAAAACUUGGGACGCUACGCAUUAUAAAAUAAAUGGUCGCACGAAUAAUAAAUUUA